GGUGGCUUGAUGAUCUUUUUCUCUAGCCUGUAAAUGAGGUAUCAGCGAUCUUCUUUGUUGCCGCAGUACCCUCAAGCUUCAAACUCACGAUCGUGGCCGUGAUAAGACCGAAAGUAUACUGUGAGCUGAAAAACAAAUUUGGGAACGCGAAGAAGAAAAGCCCGACAUCAGUACUCGCCGACUUGCAGCUGAAGUUGGAGUUUCACAGUUUGUAGUGCAUCGUAUAUUAAAAGAACAAGACCUACAUCCAUACCACGUUAAAAAGUGCAAGCUUCGGAGUCCGCUGAUUUUCCACCUCGUGUAAUUUACUGCGAAUACUCGUAUUUGUUGCGACAAUGUCGUGAACGACAAACUUUUUAAAUUGCAUUCUGUUUACGGAUGACGCAGGAUUCACUCACAAUGCUGUUUUCAACAGCCACAACACUCACAUUUGGUCUGAUGAAAAUCUGCAGACUCGUCAAGAAGUACGAUUUCAACGACGGUUUUACAUAAAUGUGUGGGCCGAUAUCUUAAAUGACCGCGUUGGAUCUUAUGUUUUAGCAAAUAGACUAAACGUGGCACAGUACUUCAAGUUUUUAUGCAAUGUGUUGAAAGAGCAGCUAGAUGUGGAAAUGCCUCUAGGUGAACGAGUAGUACUUGCAUGAUGGAGCAGCACCACAUUUUGCUAGGCCAGUAAUGGAAUGGUCAAAUAAUCAUUUUCCUAGCCAGUGGGAGGUUAGAGACGGCCCAGCAGUUUAGCCUCCGCGUUCACCCGAUCUCAGUCCGUAUGUUUUUUGACUGUAGGGUUAGAUGAAAUAGUUAGUUUAUGGAAAUCAACAGUGUCCAGAAACUAUCAAAGAGCUUCAACAACGAGUGGAAGUGGUAGCCGCUACAGUUCAUGGAACUCCCUGACUUUUGUUACGUAUCCGUGCAAAUUUAUUGUACACAGGUAGUAGCAUUCUAAGUUGCUGUAAUUUUUGUUCUAAUAAACAACGUGGAAUCGUUGUGUCAAGGACCAAACAUCCGUCAGAAGAAAAAGUCGAUCACCAUGAAGCAUUACCAAAAAUCGGUCCUUCUCAGGACCACCAUUUGUUUCUACAACUAAUAAUCUUUCACGUUCAACUUUAACGAUGAAUGAAUACACGAAUGAACGAAUGAUAACCUGCAAAAUGUCGGUUUUACUUUUAAUUGAACCUGAAAAUGUUUACAUCUUUUUUAUUCGAACGUUUUUCCUCCUCCUGUUUAAAAGGUGGAUCAGUGGCAUCGCAUUGAGGGUGGUACAUGGGGAUUUUGCCCCUUCCGAUUUUUAAUUUGUUUUUUCUAUAUUUCCACAUUACUUACUACGGUACUUGAUGCAUAUAUAAUUAUUGCAUAUAUUUCGAAAUCACCGUGUAUAAUUUAUAUGUUUGACAAAUAAACAUUCUGACUUUUUAUUUAUCUGUGUAAAUAAAAUGCUGAUUUACACAGUUGGUAGCAAAUAUGUAUGUACAAUAACGGUAAACUGGUUUUCGAGGUCGAGCUGAUCCCUGAUAAACUAAUACAAGUAGAUAAAUGUAUGUCACUGCAAAAAAGUGGCUUACGUUGCAUGAGCAAAUAAGUACUACAUUUUAAUCACAUGAUCAAUGUAAUUAUUAGCCAUAGUUUUAUCGUAAGAUGGUACUGUACCAAUCUCAGAUUCUGAAUUGUCGUAAAUGUGAUAACAAUGCUUCCUUACUUUUGACAAGGAACUCAAAAUAAUUACCUUUGUUCCAAUUUGGAAGCGAGUAUUUGAAUUUAAAGAGUGAAUCAACGUAAGAUAGAAUCAAGUAAUUGUAACUAUUAUUACUGCUAACACUUUUCAUCUAACUUCUCAACAUGACACUAGGUUGACACAAGCCAGUUCCUUUACAUUAACAGGUCACAAGCGAAGAAAUGAGAAAUGAUCUUCCCUUUUUUGGUACUGGCGUUUCUUGUGGUUACUAACUGUCAAGAAAUAAUUACUCUACUCAACGACACUCAUUUCAUAUGCGUUGCGGGGAACAGAACUUCGGUGAUUUACACGAAACCACCUGUAGUUGAAGAUCCUGAAAGUACAGAAGUGCUUCUUGACAACGACUCUUGGCUUCAUUGGCAACUAAAAGAAUCUCAAAAUGUGGCACAUGCACCUGUUACCGAUAGAAGAUGGGAAGGUUUCAAAACGAUCCGUACGAACAAUUAUAAAUUUUCCACAAUCGCUUCAACUUCAUUUUCGAUUUAUUGUUCGAAUAUUCCAUGCACAGUAAACUUCACAAUAUGGGAUAAUACUUCUGAGACUUCUAAGGACACAAACAUAACUGUUAAUUCAUGGGUUCAUUACACACUACAUUUUGUAAGAGGAAUUUUAACAGUUUAUGAAGGUGAUAGUAACUUCAACACUAUGGGCCCGUGUUCGAGCGUCCCUGAAGUUAUUGUCAAAACAACACAUAAUACAACUUGGAAAAUCCAUAACUAUCGUGUCAGAGUCACAAAUAGAAGAUCUCAACCAGCAACAACCGUAUCUGUUCCACCCACUGUUUCUUGCUUGAUGUUUUAUGUCUAUCUUUGCCCGAAUUGUCUUUUAGAGAUCUAUACGUCUGAAAAAUUUAAACAUACUUUGCAAUCUAACCCUGAUUCCAUUAAAAAGACCGGACUGUUCAAAAGCCAGGAAGUUUUAGUCAAAGUUAACGCCAGCCUAAAAUUAGUUACACGAACAUUACACAGACCAGGAAACGUUUACUGGGGAAUAGAUAUACGAGAGUGCUCUAACAUAAAACUGAAUACAGCAAUAUACAAGGUAAAGUUGAACAACAAUGACCAAGAAAAAAACAGAACAUGUGAACUUUUGUCUCCAAUCAGUGAGGGACAAACUAGGACGGUAGAGGCACGUCAACAUUGUAAACCUGGCUUUCUAGGACCCAAAUGUGACUUACCUUGUAACAAAUUGUUGGGGCCAGAGAAAAGUUACUGUGAAAACUAUAAAAUUUGUGAAAAAUCCUCACUUAAUUCAAGAUGUUUGUGCUCGUGGGGGUUCCAAGAACCGUUAUGCGUCCAACCAUGUGAGGAUGGAAUGUGGGGUUUAUCUUGUAACAACUCAUGUAACAACUGUCUAACAUGUAACAAAAAGACAGGAAAAUGUGUCAAGGCUGAUACUACUACUAAAACAAUCACAACAUAUAAAAAAAUUUUGACAGAAAUAAGCCACUCUGAAAAUGCUACAUCCCCACCUCUUCUACCCUCUUCAUUUUAUUCAUCUCAAAUCACACCACAAACAACAAUUUCGCCAGAAAUAAGCAAAUCUGAAGACAUUGCAUCGCCGACUACAAUAUAUACAACAAUUGUUUCAGAAAUAAACCCGUCUGAAAAUUUUACAUUUCAAGCUGUUCUACCAUCUAAAUUCUAUCCAUCUCUUGAGGAUACAAUAAUAUUUUCAAACAUACCACCACCAACAACCAAUGAUUCAACUAAAGCUUAUUUUGUAUUCACGAAAACUGACUUUAUAAACUCAACAAAGGAAGUCAUUGCUUACGCUUUAAUUUUAUUGAAAGAGCACGUUGACAUCCAAACUACAAAUAGAUCAUGGGAUGGAACUUAUAAAACUUGGCCUCCAAUACCAAAAAAUUCUAUACAGCUUACACCCAAUUUAUGGAAUCCGUUCACAGAUGACCAACACACCUGCCAUUUUAUAAUUGGCGCUAACAAUAGUUGCUGUAAAGAACACUGUGAUAAUACACCUUUAAAACCUAAUACUAGAUACUGGUUAAUGGUAAGGGCGCUGACAGAUCAAACCUAUAAUGAUAGCUCCCUGUUAUUUUUUCAAACAGCUUCCAAGGAUAGCUUCAAUAUCUAUUACAUUUCGCUAGGAGUAUUAAUUCUUGUAAUGAUGAUAAUGGUUGUCCUAUUUUAUAUAAUAUACAAAAUAAGAAGACGAAACAAUCAAGCAACUAUUAACCAAGAAGAAGAGAUGAGGCUAAUAAUGAAUACGAAACCUCUUGAAACCACAGUCAUCGACUUCAACAGUCUUCCAAAUCAUUGUUCGCAACCUACAUUCCUUACAACUUUAAAAAUCCAGUUCAAUUCCAUUUCAGAUCCUGUGCCCCAUAGUUCUUUUAGAGUUGGUUUGCAACCAAAUAAUAUUAACAAGAACAGGGAUCGAAACCGAGUUAUACCUUAUGAUUCCAACAGAGUUGUUCUUAAGCCAAUGAAAAGUGUAGGAACAGAGGACUACAUAAAUGCUAGCUACAUUGACGGCUACAAUCGUCCAAAAGCUUACAUCGCUUGCCAGUCACCCAAAUUCUCCACCAUCAAAGACUUUUGGAGGAUGAUAUGGCAAGGAAAUGUUAGUGUUAUAAUAAUGGCGACAAAUUUUAUUGAACAUAAAAAGCGAAUGUGUGCAGAGUAUUGGCCCCAGAGAGCAUCAACGGUGCAUGAAUAUGGUAAAAUUAUAAUAAAAUUGCGUAAGGAAUCCACUUUUGAACUAUAUGCUUAUCAAGAGCUUGAAAUUACUUACGGUGACAAGAGCAAAAAUAUACAUCAUAUUCAUAUCAAGUGGAGAUUUGACGAUUCCAAUAUGUUUUACCCGAAUGACGUUUUACCAGUUGUCAAACUUAUAAGACAACAGUAUGACAAUCCACGUGGACCGAUUGUCUUCCACUCAGGUUAUGGUACAGGUCGAGUGGGAAUUUUAAUUUUAUGCGACUUAGCACUACAGAUGAUCAGCAAAGAGAAUACAGUUGACUUUUUCAGUUUAACAAAAACACUUAGAGAUCAACGGGCGUCUAUGAUCACCAACGUGGAGCACUACAUUUUUUCACACUUACUUAUGAACGAAUACUAUUUGGAACAUUCAAGUCCGUUUCAAUAUUCCAUUGGACAGAAUAUAAAACACGACGAUAUAAAACAACAGUUGAAGUAUUUAGAAACUCUGCGUCACUACGAUAAUAUUUUUCAAGAAGUUAGUCUUCAGUAUUGCAUUCCUAGACAUCCUUUUGAAAGUGUGAUAGUUGCACGAUAUGGACAGAGGAGAAAAUAUUUAAUUUCUCGGGAACCAAAAGAGGAACAACUUAUAGAUUUCUGGAAAAUGGUGGCAAAGGAAUCGAUUUGUUGGGUUUUAUUCUUAAACAAGAGAUUUCUUGUAACGACCCACGUAAGUGGAUCUCUAGAAACGAUAAACAUUACCCGCAAUCGAGUUGUAAACACAACCUACGGCCUGAUGACGGAAGGCUCCUUACUGAUAUACAAUACAAUUUCGAAAGAGACGAUCUACGACGGGAAAUUAUAUAUCUUUCAAUUUAACAACUGGAAAGUGAAUCAGUUGGUUCCGAAUUCAGUACAUAGCUUUAUUUCUUUGCUAAACCAUCUUCACAGAGAUACAGCCAAGGAAAAACUAGUUUUAGUUUCUUGCAGCGAUGGAUUUACAGCUUGUGGCUUAUUAGUUGUUUUCUCAUACAUCGUAGAGAAGUAUGAAAAUGAAUUAGAAAUUGAUGUGUGUAAUGCCAUACGACUUGCACGAAGAAGUGGAAGAUCGUUCGUUAACAGAACGAAACAACUAACAUUUAUUUAUGAAUGCAUCAGGGAUUAUAUCGAAAACUAUGAUAAAUACCAACAAAUUGUAGUAAAUGAUGUAAACAAGAAUAAAAAAAUUAAACAGUGGAGAUUGUAUUUAUUCAUUAAAUCAUGUUAACCUCAAAAGAGCUUUAGGUUUACGUCCAG